AUGGUCAAACUCACAGACUUACUUGACAGUAGCACCUCUUCAACGGGUAUGGCACAUGCCCACCGCUCCACAGCAUUACCCCAUCCUGGCACACACAUCAGCACUCGAGACCAGUACUCUCCAGCGACGCCAUCCUUCAGGAGGGUGUCGGAGCACCAGCCCAGAUCUCCAUCGUACCCAACUGCUCUACGCCGUCACCCCAUCUCGCCAACGUCUAGUCCCAUUACCGGUUUCACGGCGCCCACGGCUCUGAGGAUGGACUCCGGUCACUACCCUUCGUCCUCCUCGAGGGCACAGGCGAGCGUGCCUCCACUGGGCAGCAUCAACCCCCUCGGCAUUCUCCAAUACACUGACGGAAACAUGGGGCAAGUCAAGAUUGACAUACAAGGCAAUAUCGACAAGGGCUUCUUCCAGUCUGAAGGAGACUGGACCUGCUACAGGAGGAACUACUUUUCUUGCAUCUGCUCCUUCGGCCUGACCCCGCACUAUCCUGGUCAGGGUCUACAAUUCACACCGCAAGGCUCGACACAACCGUACUCAGUUCUCGGUUUCGCCAUGUCCAUCUCUGCUGUUGUUGCUGAGAACGAUACCCACGUUAUCGACCUCGUACAGCAUACGCCUAAAAGAGACAAAGGUCCCGUCGAGAAACCGGGCAAAGUGCGCCUCCACCCGAAACACCCUCAAAUGUCGCAUCCUCUCGGCCUCUACUCCCACGAUACCGGGAUAGGAGGUUCGUCAAGACUCGGCGGGUAUGACGCCCCAGGUGGAUUCGUUGGUCAACAAGGUGGCGGUGACUCGUACCAGACAGAACACACAUUUGAGCGCAUCCAGUUCAAGCAGGCUACAGCAAACAAUGGGAAGAGGCGAGCUGCCCAACAGUACUAUCACCUUCUGAUCGAGUUGUGGGCCGAUGUAGGAUCGCAAGGCCCGGACAACUAUGUACGGGUCGCCUAUCGAAAGUCGGCCAAGAUGAUUGUGCGUGGCCGGUCGCCAGGGCACUAUCAGAGCGAGAGGCGCGCCAGCACAAGCAGCGGGCCAGGAGGCUCGGGCGGGAGCUUCACCGGAUACCCAACUAACUCGAUCAUCGGUCCCGACUUUGGGUCCGCAGGUGCGAUGGUCGGAAGCGGAUACGGGGGAGGCUUCGACUCCCGGGGAAGCGCCCAUUACGGGUCGACACGACACCAUCCAGAACUCGAAACCAUGCUGCCGCCAGAAGACGCCAAAGCCAUCGAGACGACGAAGGAAUACCAAUAUUAUCCGGGUCAUAUUUACGACACGAGCGAUUCCAGGGGUGGCGUGGAAAUGUUCACCCAUAGCCGCCACGCGCAGGACAACUUGGUACCGCACAUGACGCCAACCUACGACCCUCUCCACGACAGAGUCAAGCGGGAUCCUGAGGGGGCGAUGUUGCCAAGCAUUUUCCAACCUGGGGCACUCAUGUCGAACCAAAGAUGCGGUCCUUUUGAGGGCAAGCCGACGUCGGGUGGGUACUAUCCAACAAUGGUGCCCCCGUCCGGUGUCAAUGUCUCCAACAUGACAUGA